GCUCACCUGCUCCGCUCCGCCCGCUCCUCGCCUCUGUUUACCUCCCAUCCCCGGCGCUGCUUUCACGCUGGACGCAGACCUCAGCCCCCAUCUCGGAGCUGGUAUACUGAUGUAAGCUGCCUGGCGUCCUGUCCUUCGGGGAUUUAUUUUYGCUACGCCGUGUCUUGGUGCCACUGUGGCGAAGUUGUGAUGAAUAAAGAAAUCAUGUCACGCGUGGUGAGGAAGAGGCAGGCCGACCCUAAGGUGGUCCAGUACGUGUGGGCCGCCAUCGAAGUCAUUCGCAACCAGAAACAAAUUGCAAACAUGGACCGGAUCUCCAAGUACCUGAGCCGUGUUUUUGGCAUGCACCCAAAGGAGACUGCCAGGCAGCUGAGCCUGGCUGUGAAGGACGGUCUGGUGGUGGAGACCCUCACUGUUGGCUGCAAGGGCUCCAAGGCCGGCAUUGAGCAGGAGGGCUACUGGCUGCCGGGAGACGAGAUGGAGCCGAAAGCCGAGGGAAGCAAGGACUGGGAGACGGAGAGCCACGACUGGUACUGCUUCGAGUGCCACCUGCCGGGCGACGUGCUCCCGUGUGACAACUGCUUCCGGGUUUAUCACCUCAAGUGUCUGUCUGAGGAGUGCAAACCCAAAGAUGGAGGCUCCCACUGGCAGUGUGUCGUAUGCAGGGGGAGUAAAAAGAAGAACCUGAACAAACAGGAGAUGUGUAAAUAUCUGCGUUUUAUCGUGCAGCGUAUGAAGGAGAGGGCAGUGGACCUGAACAAAAAGGGCAAAGACACGAAGCAUCCCAUGUACAGACGACUGAUCCACACUGCCAUGGACGUCACCAACAUCCAGGAGAACCUGACUGAAGGAAAAUAUAAAAACUUUGAGGAGUUCAAAGCAGACGCUCAGCUGAUUGUUCACAACGUCUCCAUCCUGUACGGAGUUCACAGUGACCAGGCAGAGAUCGCACGAUUGCUCUUCAGUGACACGUGUCAUGAGCUGAACGAGUUGUUGUUGUGUAAGAACUGUUUCUACCUGUCCAACGCCCGACCAGACAACUGGUUCUGUUACCCAUGCAGCCCCAGUCACGACCUGGUCUGGGCCAAGAUGAAGGGUUUCGGUUACUGGCCGGCUAAAGUCCUUCAGAGGGAGGACAACCAGGUGGACGUUCGCUUCUUUGGACACCAGCACCAGAGAGCGUGGAUCCCCUCAGACAACAUCCAGGACAUCAAGGUGAGCGUCCAGCAGCUGCAGGUGAAACGCAGCAACGGCUGGAAGAAGGCCUGCGAGGAGCUGGAGGUGUACCAACGCUUCCUGAGGGAGGGGCGCUUCUGGAAAACAAAGAUGGAGGACGUUCCUCCAAUGCUCCAACAGAACCAGAACAUAAACCAGAACCAGAACCAGAGCCAGAACCAGAACCAGAAUCAGAGCCAGAAUCAGAGCCAGAGCCAGAACCAGAGCCAGCGGCAGCAGCAUCAAGAGGAGACCAGACCGGAGCGGACGGACGAAGCCGAGUCCAGCAUCUCCUCCACCAGCAACGAGCAGGUCCGCCAUAUGAAAAGCAGCCAGGAGCCCAAAGCAAAGAAAAGCCGUCGGGCUCAAACUGUUGACCUCAAAGAAGAAGCCAGCGACCCGGAGCCAGAGAUGGAGGCGGUCAGCUCCAGCCAGGAGAUCCCGGUGUCCUCGGCGCCCCAGCAGCCUGAGAAGCUGUCCGUGUCCACGCAGACGAAGAAGGCCAGCGGAGGGUCGCCUCGCAUGCUGCACCGCGGCACCCAGACCAGCAGCGACGGCUCCUGCCAGAACAUGUGCCACGAGAAGUACACCAAGGUCUUCAACGACGUCAAGGAGAUGAUGAAGGCCGACAACAAGAGGGAGACGGAGAGAGUGGUCAGGGAAGCUCUGGAGAAGCUCCGCACAGAGAUGGAGGAGGAGAAACGGCAGGCGGUGAGUAAGGCUGUGGCCGGAGUUCAGGCGGAGAUGGAGAGGAAGUGUAAGCAGGUGAAGGAGAAGUGUAAAGAGGAACUGGUGGAGGAAGUGAAGAAACUCGUGUCCCAACACAAACAGCUCAUCUCCCAGACCAAGAAGAAGCAGUGGUGUUACAACUGUGAAGAGGAGGCCAUGUAUCACUGCUGCUGGAACACCUCGUACUGCUCCAUCAAGUGUCAGCAGGAACAUUGGCACGCCGACCACAAACGAACCUGCCGCAGGAAGAGAUGAACAAGCCCCGCCCUCUCUGACCUCACAAAGCUGAUUGGCUCCCGACCUGCCCUCCUCCUGUCAGUCAGUGUCUACAACAAACACACAAAAACACACACACACAUUUCUCCUGCUUCUUCACUCGCCUUCAUGGGAACCGUUUGAACCGGACGUUCUGCUGCGGGGCGAGCUGGUUUUUAUUUAAUGUAGCCAUUGUGUUCAUUUUCCUCCGUUUUUAUUAUUUUCUCUAAAUUGUGAAAAGUUUUCUCCAGAGCAUGGCUCAGAUGCAGAGUUUUGGUGUGAUUAUUAUGAUUUUUACUUUUUAAACUUGUAUGUUUUCUUUACUGAAGUGCUGAUUUUAUGUCAGAGGAUGUGUUAUUUAAUGUGUAGAACACGAUGUGAGCAUUACUUACAAAAAAAAAACAUUUUAUUACUUUUAUGUUUUUUUAAAAACUGUAAAUUAACAAAAUACAGCUUGAAUUUUACAAAACAUUUAAAAAGAAACUACCAGAGCUCGAGCUGAACUGGUUUUCAACCGUCAUUUAACUGUAGCAUUUUAAACUGUGGAAGUUAACGACCGAAAAGAUAUUUUAGGUCAUUUUUCAUAAAUCUGAUCAGGUGGAUUGCACCGUUGUUGUUUAUUUUUUGUUUCUGCCUAAAGUUUUUUGCUCUAAAUCACUCAUUGGGAACAGGGUCAGAGCGUCAGCUGUUAAGAAAAUGCUGACAGAAAUAUCAGUUUUUAAUUCUAAUCAUAUUUAAUAGAAUUAUUCACAUUUGGGUUUUUUUUUUAUGCCUGGACUGUUUUUAUGAGUCUGAUAUUGACAGAAAAGGUUUUAAUUUGCUCUAAACUGGGGGAUAUCUUAAGCUUUUAAGAUUAGUUGUAAGAUUCGAUGAUAAUAUGUUUAGUUUUUAUUUUUAACUAAUCCAGAAGCUUGUAAAAUUGCCAAAAAAAAAAAAACACUUUUAGUCUCGUUGAAGCUACCUGAGAAGAUCGAUCAUUUUUCUAGUGACGUAUUCUGAUAUCAUCUUUUUUCCCCUAAAAUCUGAAGUGAGGAGUGAAAAGACUUUUUCUCUGCUGUUGCUCAGUUUUGUUUUCCUCUCAGCGAUGCAGCGUAAACAUCGUUUAGUUUCUUUCAUCACUAAAUAAAUUCAGAAAGACCGGAAGCUCUGAAAACGAUAUGCAAAUAUAAAUGAUCGAGAUUUUUCUUUGCUUCUGGGUGGCGAGUAAGUUAUUAUUUUUUUUAAAAGAGGCAUCAUUAUGAAAAAAAACCCUUUUAUUUUUUGUCAUUGUUGCCGUUUUCAACAGAGAUUAAAUUAGUUGAUUGAAAUGAACUGACAGGACUUUUCCUCAGCUCAACAAACUGGAUCCUGCUGCAGAUGAACCAGAACCUCCUGUUAAUUAUAUUUAUGCAGCUUCUUGUGCUAAAAUAUUCUUUACAAAUAUAAAAUUUCUAUAAAUUAAUCUCUGAAUUAUUAGAUUAACAUGCAGUCCCGUGAUCUCAGAAGAUUUGUCUCGUUAAAAAUCUUCAGAUUUUAUUGUGAAAUGAAUUAAUUAAAUCGACUAAAAACAUUUUCAGAUCAUUCUGAUUUAGUUUUUCUAGAUUAGUUUCUGUUAAAACUUAAAAGCUUUUAUGUUUUAAUGGAUUUAAUGUCAUAAAGUCUGCAGAGUUAUUUUCAGGUUAUGAUGAUUUGAGUUAAAAAUCGACAGCAAAUAGUUGAGUGAAAACAGGAAGUGCGUCACUCAUUAGCAAGCAGUGAAGAAAAUGCUUUUAUUAAAAAAUACAUUUUAUUUUAAAAGCACCUUUCAGACACUGAACAGCAAGAAACAWGCAUCAGUGAGAAGAACACAAAUCAUAAAUUAAAACAAAAUAUAGUUUUCUUAAUCAGGAACAGUUUUUAUAUGUAAGUGUUCAAGUUUUUUAAGAGAUGCUAAACACAUUUUAAAGGAUUAGAAUCAGAUUUUAUUAAUUAAAAACAGAUAUUCUUGUCUUUUAUCAGCUGCUGUGAGUUCUAAAGAUAAACAAUAAAAAGAAAAAGUCUUCAGACUGCUGGGAUCUGCUGAACCUGUAAAUCUGCACUUCAGCAGAGACCAGUCCUGGUCCUGAAGGAUUAUAGUCCUGGACCAUAAUCCUGAAGGUUUUAGUUGUUUUCAGGUGGAUCAAAGAGAAACUCAAACAUGCAGGAUUAGGACCCUCCAGGACCAGGACUGUGGACCUCCAGGACCAGGGUCUUUCUCACUGAGGUUUAUCAGUAGACUAAGAUUUAAUCUGUUGCUUGUUUUUGAAACUAUCAAAAAGCAGAAAACUGUUUAAUUUAAAGUUUAACUUUAAAGUUUGAAAUCAAGCCUGAAAAAUCUCCAGUUUAUUCAGGAUCUGAAAACUUUAUUAAUCUGAGGUGAAUCAGUUCUUACAGCUGCAUCAAGUAAAACAAGGAGAAUAAAGAGAAACACACUAGAAAAAAUAAAAUCAACACAAUUAUGGACAAACUAUAAAAUAAAGAUGCACAGAAUUAAAAAGUGUUCCAGAUGUUUGGUCAGUUUCAUUAACGGCAACAUUUAAAAUUAAGGUUAAGUUUUUGUCAGAACGAGGUUUUUCUUUUGCAGCAGUAAUAAUCCAAGGUGCAGCUGGAGUUUGUUGACCUUCAGAAAAGUCUGGAGCAGAAACAUGKUGUUGUUUCAGAGCUGCAGCAGGUUCUGUUGCUUCAGUCGUCUCAGAAAACUGCGCCGGCAGAGACACGAUGUAAACGUUUGGUCCUAUCGUCAUCUGUUGUUACACUACAUGUAAAUAUUCCUCCUGCCUGGUGUCACGUGAACAUUUCAACUCACUUCUUCUAAUCUGACCUGAUCCGGCUGACUGUUUUGUAAAAAAAAAAAGAAAAAAAAGAUGUAAACCUUUUCUUCUCAGUUUGUUUGGUUCAGGUUCACACACUGCAUCGUUUAAACGUGUCGUCGUUUUACUACACGUGAAGGUGGAAGGCUGCCAUGUUUGUUUCCGUUCAUCACAACACUUAAAUUUUUUUAUUUUAUGUUUUAUUUGUUUUUUAAAGAGCAUGAGAAGUAGAUGUGCAUAUCUCCAACUUCACCUCUUUUUUUGUUUUUUCAUGUUUAAAAAAAAGACGAGGUCUGAGUCGUGAUUAAUGCAAAAAGUUUUUUUUAAGGAAGCUGUUUCUCAGCUGGUGAAAGUGAGUAAAUCAAUCAGAUUUUUUGUCGCAAAUCCGGACUUUACCUGCUUUUACUCCAGGGUAUUUUGUGUAAAUAUUACUGUGUGGUUAUUUCCUGACUCCUGCUCGUGCUGAAAGUACAAAGCGGGAAUAAAAUCAGUGUGAUGAACCUUUUUUUUUUCCUCCUGUAGGUCCUGAUCUUCUGUUCUGUCCACAUGUAAACUAUCAUUAACCAACGCAACCUUUUUUAAGCUCCCUUUGUUUUGUUAUUUUUGACACUUUAGCUAGCAAUAUGUAUAUAAAUAUAUUCUAUGUGCUAACAUGGAGAAAAUAAAUGUAUCGACAAGUCUG